AUGGCUAAAGCAGGCGAUCCAUCUAAGGAAGAUAAAGUUGCAACAGCAAUUUUAAAUCGUAAAGAACGUCCAAAUCGUUUACUUGUUGAUGAUUCAACUAAUGACGAUAACAGUGUUGUUGCAUUAUCUCAACAAAAAAUGGAUGAACUACAAUUAUUCCGUGGUGACACUGUUUUACUCAAAGGAAAAAAGCGUCGUGAAACAAUAUGUAUCGUUCUUGCUGAUGACAAUUGUUCAAAUGAACGUAUUUUAAUGAAUCGUGUUGUACGCAACAAUUUACGUGUACGUUCCGGUGAUAUUGUCUCUAUUCAAGCUUGUUCAGAUGCAAAAUAUGGUAAACGUAUUCAAGUUUUACCAAUCGAUGAUACAGUAGAAGGAAUGACAGGAAAUUUAUUUGAAGUUUAUUUAAAACCGUAUUUCCUUGAAGCUUAUCGACCGGUGAAGAAAGGUGAUGUUUUUAUUGUUCGUGCUGCUAUGCGUGCCGUAGAAUUUAAAGUUAUCGAAACUGAUCCAAGCCCAUACUGUAUCGUUGCACCAGAUACAGUCAUCCAUUGUGAAGGCGACCCAAUCAAACGUGAAGAAGAAGAAGCAUCGUUGAAUGAAAUUGGCUACGAUGAUAUUGGUGGAGUAAGAAAACAAUUAGCUCUCAUUAAAGAAAUGGUUGAAUUACCACUAAGACAUCCACAGUUAUUCAAAACAAUUGGUGUUAAACCACCACGUGGUAUUCUCCUCUACGGACCACCAGGCACAGGAAAAACAUUAAUUGCUCGCGCAGUCGCUAAUGAGACCGGUGCAUUUUUCUUUUUAAUUAAUGGACCCGAAAUUAUGUCCAAAUUAGCUGGUGAAUCAGAAUCAAAUUUACGCAAAGCUUUUGAAGAAGCUGAAAAAAAUUCUCCAGCUAUUAUUUUCAUUGAUGAGCUCGAUGCCAUCGCACCAAAACGUGAAAAAACACAUGGUGAAGUUGAACGUCGUAUCGUAUCGCAAUUGUUAACAUUGAUGGAUGGUCUUAAACAACGCUCACACGUUAUUGUCAUGGCAGCAACAAAUCGACCAAAUUCAAUUGAUCCAGCACUUCGUCGUUUCGGUCGUUUUGAUCGUGAAGUCGAUAUUGGUAUACCCGAUGCUGUUGGUCGCUUAGAAGUACUUCGUAUUCAUACAAAAAAUAUGAAAUUAGGUGAUGAUGUUGAUCUUGUACAAAUUGGUAAUGAAACCCAUGGUUAUGUUGGUGCCGAUAUAGCAUCAUUAUGUUCAGAAGCAGCUCUUCAACAAAUCCGAGAAAAAAUGGAUGUCAUCGAUUUAGAGGAAGAUACAAUUGAUGCUGAAAUUCUUAAUUCAUUAGCUGUUUCACAAGAAAAUUUUCGAUUUGCACUUAACCAAUCGAAUCCAUCAGCUUUACGUGAAACUGUUGUUGAAAUACCAACAACUACAUGGGAAGAUAUUGGUGGUUUGGAAAGUGUCAAACGUGAAUUACAAGAACUUGUUCAAUAUCCUGUUGAACAUCCUGAAAAAUUUCUCAAAUUCGGUAUGACACCAUCACGUGGUGUUCUCUUUUAUGGCCCACCUGGUUGUGGCAAAACAUUAUUAGCUAAAGCUAUUGCGAAUGAGUGCCAAGCAAAUUUUAUCUCAGUCAAAGGUCCAGAAUUAUUAACAAUGUGGUUCGGUGAAUCAGAAGCUAACGUACGUGAUGUUUUUGAUAAAGCCCGUCAAGCUGCACCAUGUGUUCUCUUCUUUGAUGAAUUAGAUUCAAUCGCCAAAGCUCGAGGUGGUAGUGCUGGAGAUGGUGGUGGUGCUGCUGAUCGAGUUAUCAAUCAGAUCUUAACUGAAAUGGAUGGUAUGGGAGCAAAAAAGAAUGUCUUUAUUAUUGGUGCAACCAAUCGUCCCGACAUUAUCGAUUCAGCUGUUCUUCGACCAGGUCGUCUUGAUCAACUGAUCUAUAUUCCAUUACCAGAUGAAAAAUCACGUAUGGCUAUUCUUAAAUCUGCUUUACGAAAAUCACCUGUUGCAAAAGAUGUUGAUAUGAAUUUAUUGGCUAAUAUCACAAAAGGUUUUAGUGGUGCUGAUUUAACAGAAAUUUGUCAACGUGCAUGUAAAUUAGCAAUUCGAGAAUCAAUUGAAAAGGAAAUUAACCGUGAAAAAGAACGACAACGUCAAGGACAAACAGCAAUGGAUGCAGAUGAAACCGAUCCAGUACCAGAAAUUCGUCGUGAUCAUUUUGAAGAAGCAAUGAAGUUUGCACGACGAUCAGUUAGUGAUAACGACAUACGUAAAUAUGAAAUGUUUUCACAAACAUUACAACAAUCACGUGGUUUUGGAUCACAAUUUCGUUUCCCUGAGGGACAACAACAACCAUCACAAGGAGGUGGUACUGGUGGUGGUAAUAACAACAACGACGAUGAUUUGUACAACUAG